GCGGUGGUUGUAUAAUCGCAAACAUGUCACGGAAAUUAGUUUAUUUCGACAUAACUGGGUACAGCGAGCCCAUCAGGUAUAUGUUGCACUAUGGCGGGCUGAAGUUUGAUGACGUCAGAUACAACAUGCAGGAAUGGCCGAUCAAAGAGAUCAAGGAUUCUCUACCAUACGGCCAGCUGCCAAUAUACGAAGAAGAUGGCCGGGUCCUCAACCAGUCCAUAGCCAUUGCGCGGUACGUGGCCAGCCAGACCGGUCUAUUGCCGACAGACCCGUGGGAACAAGCAAAGUUAGAUGCUGCCGUGCUGAACAUCUAUGACCUUAUUAAGAAACUUGCGACAUUCUUUUACGCUCAAGACCCAGAAGAGAAGGAGAAACUUAAAAAGCAGGUGCUUGAAGAUGUAGAUUACUACUAUUCUAGAUUUGAGAAAGAAUUGCAUGCGGGUGGUGGAUAUUUCGGUGGAAAGUUAUCCUGGGCAGACUUCAUUUUAGUGAACACUACUGAGCUACUCAACCUACAACUCAAUCAGACAGUAAACACUGAGUACCCUGCAAUAACAGCUCUUAUAUCUGAGAUAUACGCAAACCCAGGAGUCAAGGAGUACUUGGCUAACAAACAAUCUUCCGCUCCUGUCAGUUAAAGUUAAUACAGUAUUUGUAAGUUGUAUGGUAUAUUAAAUGAUUUUUGUAAUUA